AUGAUUGUUCCAAUACUGGUAACGUUAGCAGUAACAGUACGCGCCUACAGAAAAAACGUCAAUACCCUCCUUUCCUCCCUCUCUUCGAACACCCAAAUUGAUUAUGGGUUCUACAAUUUCUCCACCGGAGAAAACUUAGACAGAGUUAUCGCAUUUGCACCUUGUAGAGCAGACCUUACGCCGACCAACUGCCGGAGUUGUAUCAGUGUAGCUGCUAUAGAGCUCUUAUUUCGUUGUCCAAACCAGGAGGGUACCAUGUGGUACAUGAAUUGUACAGUACGAUACUCGAACAACUCUAUAUUUGGUGUCAUGAAGUUUAAGCCUGUGCAACAGCUUUCCACCACUUUAGAGGUCACGGACCCGAAUGGGACGUUCGACCGGGUGCGAGAGACGCUGCUGGAUAGACUAAGAAGUGAGGCUGCAGCUAGCGCUUCGACUCUUCGCAAGUUUGCAACUGGAAGUGCGAGCUCCCCAUACUUCGAUAUAUGUGCUCUUUUGCAGUGCGCUCCCGAUUUGAAUCAGCAGGAAUGCAGCGAUUGCCGAAAUCAGAUCAACAUCGCAACAAUUCCAACUUGUUGCGCUACAGCGGCAGAAGCGAGAGUUCUUACACCCAGCUGCAACUUAAGGUAUGAGAAUCGCCUUUUCUAUGGAUCGAUCCAGGCCCCGCCGCUAUCGUCAAGUACUUUUUCUCCGCCUGCAGAAGGUAAGGCGCUUCCCAUAUAUCUCUGUAUGUCGUCCUCCUAUCUAUUUUCUUCUAGGAAGAUGAUAUGCCUGCAAGCUGUUGAAAUAACCAUGAAGAUAAACAUCUUUCGAAAGUAG